AUGAGCAACAGUACCAAUAUAUUUCUCGUUAAUCUGAGCAUAGCCGAUCUCUGCGUUCUACUCGUCUGCACACCGGCAAUUCUCGUGGAGGUCAAUACGGGACCGCAGAUUUGGGUACUCGGAGAAAACAUGUGCCGAGCAAUGCCCUUCGUUGAGGCUACCGUGGCGCACACCUCCGUACUGACUAUACUAGCCAUUAGUUUCGAGCGAUAUUACGCCAUCUGCAAACCUUUGCGAGCAAAUUACGUGUGCACAAAGUCACGAGCAGCUCUGAUAUGUUUACUCACUUGGAUAGCGGCUGGUUUUUUAACCAGCCCGUUCUUGUUCAUGGUGAAUUUCGAAUUCGAUCACGACGACUCGGCGUCGGAACGCGAGGCCAUACCGAUCUGCACCACCGAGGCGCGCGACACCUGGAGCAUCGUCUACAUAUCCAUGACCAUUGUCGUGUUCUUCUUUCUACCGGUGAUCGUCCUGAUCGUCCUCUACUCGGCCAUCACCCACCAGCUGAUCCAUCGCUCGAGAAUCAAGUACGACUCGACGGCCGGUGCCAAUCUCUACUAUCAGCAGAAUCGUUAUCAGGUCAUUCGCAUGCUGUGCGCCGUGAUACUCGCCUUCUUCCUCUGCCUGCUGCCCUUUAGGCUCAUGAUGCUCUGGAUCGUGUUCAGUCCUCUGCAGAAAAUUCUCGAUUUCGGCGUGGAGAGAUACUUUUGCCUGCUCUACUUCUGUCGUAUCAUGUUCUAUCUGAACUCGGCGUUGAAUCCGAUUCUGUACACGAUCAUGUCGUCGAAAUUCAAGAAAGGAAUUAUGCACUUGUUCGUUUGA